AGGAUCAAAGAGUGGAGGGAUCGUGAACCCUUCCAUCUCCCCACGUGUGAUGGGGCCACAAAGGUUCGAUCCUCACCCCCACUCCUCUUGUUAUACAAGGGGCACCCCGUAACAACAACAAAAAAAAAAAAAAAAAAAAAAAAAAAUCUUUACAGAAGUUAAACUACUCUCUCAAUAAGUCAAUAGUCAAUACGGAGUAACUGUGUGAGAGGCUUUACUGUAAACACUUAAAACCCUAAUUCCCAUUUCUUGCUUUCGCAAUUCAAAAUCCAUUGAAAUUUCUGCAGAAAUUACAAAAUUGAAUCGAAAUAACUUUGCAAAAUGUCGCUCAGAGGAGUUUGGCAGCUUCAGAAACUGAUCGUUAGCUACUGCGAUUGGGGAGGCAGCAGCAGGGGUAUCAGGGCAUUCAUGGAAACAAAUUUGCCAUCAAUUAAGGAGAGCAAUCCACGGAUAGAGGUUGUUACAGAACUCAUUCGUGGACAGCAUCCACAUCUGAAGGCUUUAUAUCGAAACAAGAAUGAACGAGUUGUUUGUGUGAAGAAUAUGACUCCAGAAGACGUACUGCUACAUGCAAAUAGGUUGAGGAAUGCCUUGGGAAGGAAGGUGAUAAAGUUGAAGACAAGACAUGUCACAAAGCACCCUAGUGUACAAGGCACCUGGACAACUGCUCUGAAAUUAUGAAGCAACAAAAAACCUUCGUGGUUAGUUAUCCUGCUGGCAAUAAGAUGGCAAUCAUAUGAAACUUAUAGUGUCUUUUUACCCCCUUGUUAGUUUCUUGUUGAAGGUAGCUCAAAAUUUGGUUAAUGAUGCUGGACCUUAGCUGUUUGCAAACUAGGAUUGAGAAUUUUACCUUGGGUUUUUUAAUGACCACAUUACUCUAGCUUCUCGCCUCCUUUUGUUACCUUGGUUUUUUAAUGACCACACUGUAUUGCUUAGCAGGUAGCAUAUGCAAGUACUCAUCUUGCUACCUUGGUUUAUAAUGAUCACAUUGUAUUACAUAGCCUGCUCAUUGGUUUGCUUACAAAAGCCAGAUGAACAAAAUAACGAUUGUGUAGGCUAUUCUUAUUUCCUAGACGAGUUUAACAUCAAGUGUUUAUUUGCUACUAGCUUUCAUUGGCUGUCAUUAACUAAUUGCAUUCUCUUUCUUUCUCCCCUUCA